AUGUAUCCGAAUAAGCAGGCGUAUGCGCCGACUCCGCACAGCUAUAUUCCAAAUACAGCUCUUUCUGCCACUGUGAACCUCGACGAAGAAAUUAAACUUGCGACCACGCGCGCUGAGAGAGACCUGCAGGACUCGCUGGCAGAAGUCUUCAGCAUUAUUAUCACGCUCGACGAGCUCGAGAAGGCGUAUCUCAAGGAUGCGAUCCCCGAGGCGGACUACACGGAGAUAUGCGACAGGCUACUGAAGCAGUACAAGGCGAUCCUGACGGACGAGACCGUGGCCAAGGAAUUCGUUGACCUUGAGACCUUCAAGUACGAGUGGGAUAUGGAGGUACCUCGGGCUACAGAGAGAAUACGAAUCGGCCUCCCAUCCACGGUAACGGCACCGACUCAUGCAGCGACAAGUGGGAAUACCGGGGCCAAUGGAAGUCUGAUCCUGGAAGCGACGCAGGAUUUCAUCACAUUCUUGGACGCACUCAAGCUGGGGCUGCUCGCGAAAGAUCAGCUCCACCCGCUGCUCUCGGACGUAAUACAGUCGGUCAACAAAGUUACAGACAGAGACUUUGAGGGGAGGGGCAAGAUUGUGCAGUGGCUCAUUUCCCUCAACCAGAUGAAGGCGACAGAGGAACUGAGCGAGGAUCACGCCAGGGAGUUGGAGCUGGACAUGAACGCAGCGUAUCAGGGAUUCAAGUCGACGCUGAACUGA